AUGGUAUUGAAAAACGAGCCCAGAUUAAUGUCGAACAUACCAUUAUUAAAAAUGAUUGGGUUCUACCAAAUAUUGAAUUCACGCAAUCCAAUAGUGUUUGGUUGCAAUAUUUUUAAAUGUAUUGCGAUAAUCGAAGCAUGCAUUCUCAUUGCAGCAGUAUUUGCGUUCAUUUUAAACGCAUUCUACUUUCUGAGCGACAUAAACGAGGGUACGAAAUACUUCACGAUGGGUGUGAUGGCUGUGAUUGCAAGUUGUAAACUUUGUUACAUAAUUGGCUACUCAGAUACCAUAUGGAAUUGCUUACAUAUAACGUCCGUGGAAUAUUUAUCCUAUAAGUAUCACAGCAGAUGUAUGAUUGAUGUUGGUCGACAGAAAUUAAAAUCGUUUUUGAUCAUUUCCAUAGUUGUGUGGACUACAGCCUCUGCAGGAUGGACAUUGACACCGUUCAUUAUACAAAGCUCUUAUUUAAGAGUAGAGGUGAACAAUGAGAUUUACCAUUACCGCACAAACAUAUUGAAUAUAGUUUAUCCGGCGACCGAUACAUUUUACAAUGAUCAUUUUAUAAUGUUCUUCGUUAUUGAAUUUAUAAUACCGGUUGUUUUUACUCAUUCUACAUUAAUGUUCGAUAUACUUCUAAUUUCAACGUGUAGUACAAUUGCAUGCCAUUUAAAGACUAUUGCAAAUUCAUUCAGUACACUUGGAAACGCAGAGAAUCACUUGAUGAUCAGACACGACGAAACGAAAACAUUAAAAAAAUUCAAGUUUAUAAUUCAGGACCAACAAAAAGUUAUAGAAAACAUGAAAAAUAUCUACAAAGUAAUUCGACCAGUUAUACUUCUUCAAAUAGCUGCUACAUCAUCAAUUAUAAUAUUACUAUCCAGCAUGACAAUAAUGAAUUAUUUUAAUGGUCUAUCAUUGGUAUCUCCAUUGAACUUCAAAUUUAUAUCGACAAUAUUAACAUAUGCAAUGCAUAUGUAUUUCAUAUGCUACUUACUUAACGAUAUCAAUGAACAAAUAGAUUCAUUGAAUUUUGCAUUGUAUAGUGGUGAUUGGACAAGCAAGAGUUUAAAAUAUAAAAAAAUGAUACUGUUGGCUAUGCGUAUGAAUAGUGCCAAUAGGCUGAAAAUGCAAGUAACUAUGACAAGAAUAGUGAAUUUGGAAAUGUUUGCAGGCGUUAUGCGGACAACGUAUUCAAUUACAUCGGUGUUUUCAGAUCAGUGUGCAAAAAAUAAAAUAUAA